UCAAACCAAUUAACAAACUCUCGCUUUCUCUCACUUUCCCAAGAAAAUUCAAUCUUAUACUUUGGAAGUUGUUGAUUUCACAUUCAACAAUUUGUUGGUCUUUUUGGUCAUCAUGCUGAAAAUUAAAUUCAAGUUUGCUAGCUUUCAAGAAUCUGAUAACUUGGAUGUUGUUGAUUUCACAUUCAGCAAUUUCUUCUCAGUGUUGUUCAUCAGCGAUCAGGGUGUUGUUGUACAAGCCAGGGAUCCCAGUGCUAGCUACCAUGUGGCUGAGGACGUUGCCAAUAUAUUCCAUCUAGACGAUGUGGUACAUCUAGGUUAUAAAAGGAUUAGAGCUGAGAAUCAGGAGACUGAUUUGACUUUGGCCCGAGUCUAUUGUUGUACAUGCAGACUACCUGCUGGCUGGAAAGUUGUAAGAAAUGAAUGCCAUUCCCUUGUUGCUGUGGAUUUUCAGUUUUAUCUCACAUGCAGCUCAAUAUCUCACAUGCAGCUUCAGCGGAGCGAAAGCCACCCUAUUGUCCAUGUAGACGACUUUUUGCUGUAUGUUCCUCCUCCUCCUCUUCCUCCUUCUGAGUCAUAAUGGUCUAUUGACAUGGCUCAUGGCUCAUGUCUCUCUGUUACUAAGAAUCUCAAUGCAGUUAUCCAAUGUAAAAACUUUAGGAAUACCUAGGAUGAGAUGAGAAGUUUUGUUGCUGUCAUGGCAUCUUUAUAAUGUCUUGGGUAUUUUGAUAGUUUGUAAUAUUUCAAAUACUCCUUGUAGCUACUUUUGGACUUGGUUAAUACUCCACUGUAGUCAAGUUUAGGUGAAUAUU